AGUUAGCAAAGCGUCGAGCCUGUCGCGAGACAAAGCGAGGAGGCGAAGAAGGAUAAUCAAGUUCCAAACAUCUAAAAUGUUGAAAUAUCUGAUCAGGCAGAGACUAAUCGCGGCAGCCGACGAAAUAUUCGCGAUGUUUGAAAGAACCAUAGCGUCGUACGAGGAGGAAUUGUCUCGAGCAAGAGAAGAGAAGGAGCAGCAUCGACAACAGCUGGAGGCUAUUUAUUUGAGUCGGAGUAUGCUACACGUCGAAGACGUCCAGCAGAUGAUUGACCGUCAAGAAGAUGGUCCCCCUCAGCCGCAGGAGGAGAGCUCCACUUUCGAGCAGGAGGCGCCGCAGUCCCCCCACGUUAAAGAAGAAGAAGAGGAACUCUGGAUCACUCAGGAGGGGGAGAGCCUUCAAGGGAUGGAGGAUGCUGAUCUCACUGUCGUGUCCGUGAAGACCGAAGACGAUGAAGACGAACCCGAAGCGGACAACUUCUUAGCUCCGCUUUCAGAUAGCGAGACCGACGCCCGGGUCAUCACCCAUGGAGGCGUGGCCACCGAUAGAGACUGCGAAGGUGAUAUGAGGACUCGCACUGUCAGCAAACACUCGGAAUGCUCUGAAAAGGAGACGGGAAAGGAACGAUUCACCUGCACGGUGUGUUCGAAACCCUUCACUUUCAGGAGCGCUUACAAUCAACACAUGCGGACGCACACGGGCGAAAAACCCUUUAAUUGUUCGGUUUGCGGCGAUACAUUUGCUCAGAAGUGCAAUUUGACGAGGCACAUGAGAACCCACACAGGAGAAAAACCCUACACUUGUUCAGUUUGUGGGAAAAUUUACGCCGACAGACCAAUUCUGGCAUCGCACAUGAGAACGCACACAGGCGAAAAACCCUUUUGUUGCUCAGUCUGCGGCGACACGUUUGCGCAGAGGUGCAAUUUGAAUCGACAUAUGAGAACACACACGGGCGACAAACCUUUUAGUUGCUCCGUUUGUGGCGGGAAAUUCGCCCAGAAGGUUUCUUUAAACGUUCACAUGCUGACACACACGGGUGAAAAAGGCUUUAGUUGUUCCGUUUGUGGUAAAAGUUUCUCUCGAAAAGAUUACGUGAUAUUACACAUGAGAACGCACACGGGGGAGAAACCCUUCGGUUGCCCGCUGUGCGGCAAACGGUUCUCUCGAAAGAUGUUCAUGGUAUCGCACAUGAAAACGCACACGGGGGAAAAACCUUUCAGUUGUUCAGUGUGCGAUAAGAGAUUCUCUCGAAAGAUCUUCAUGGUGGAACACAUGAAAACGCACACGGGAGAAAAACCUUUUAGUUGCCCGGUUUGUGGUAAAAGAUGCUCCCAAAAAGGGAAUUUGGUGCGACACAUGAGAACGCACACAGGAGAGAAUUCCUUUAGUUGUUAAGUUCUAUUCCGAUACCGCAGUUGCUCCAAUUAACGCCUGUAUCAUGUUGGUUGCAAGAUAAAAACAAACAGUGGAACCAAUGUCUGUGGUUGUCGGCUACCUAUUGAGCUAGCUUAUAUUGACUCCCGGAGGUAGCAUUUGAGGGUUCAGUAGAAAAAUAGGGUUUGCCUGUGAAUAUUCCCAUUUAUCCAGGUCAUUGUAUCUCAGGGCGUUGCUCAAGUUGUCUUUGAAGAUGUUACGCCUCAAGACUAGGUGAGACACACUAAAAUAUUAUUAAUAAUAAAAUAAAAAUAAUUAUUUAAAAAAUAUUAAUAAUAUUAAAAUAAAAAUAAUUAUUUUAAAAAUAUUAUUAUUAAUAAUAAAAUAAAAAUAAUUAUUUAAUAAUAAUAUUAAUACUUAUGUAAUAAUAUUAUUAAUAAUUAUUAUAUAUAAUAUAUUUAUUAUAUUAUUAUAUUUGCAAAAAUGAAUAAUAUCUUUAAUGACUUCUCAUGGCCCACCUGCAGUGCCACCACAGCCCAGCACAGGGCCGCGGCCCACAUUUUGGGAAUCACUGCCCUAUAAGAUGUACACAUGGUUCGAAAGAGAAUUGAGGGAAACCUGUCGUUGCUCCCCUUCCCAAAAGAUUUAAUCAUUCAGCCUCUAACUAAUAAAGAAGACACGGCCAUCUUGAUUUCAGGUGCGUUCAUGACCCCCGUUACAUCUUAAUUGCAUGCUAACGAAGCUAAUACCACCCAAACGACUAUUAUUGGCUUGUCGUGGCCUCAUUCCGUUUUAUCCGAACGAUCGUCAUUUCUCGGACUCGAACUGUCCUAUCUAGUCUUUAAAGCAGGACUAUUGAAGCCUGGUCAUACAAAAGGUUAAACGUCUACUAAGACAACCGGAAAAGCCCAGUUGCGAUCGAUUCAAUUCCUUCUACGAACGGUUCAUGGCAGCACAUGGACGCAUCCAGGAGACGUUUCUGGUUUAUUCCAUCAGUGUCCUUCAUUUCCCCCUUGAGGGACAAAUCCGAUAGUAAAGGUUUAUUCUAUUUCAAAUGUCCUUGUAAGUCGUUGUGCCUUAACCACCUCUGUGUUAGUAUUUACUCUUUAAUAACCAACGAGUAAUUAACUGUACAUAUAUUUACCAAUAUGAGUCAAGUCCUGUGUAUUGUGUAUUGUAGCUUGUUCGUAUUCGCCAUAUCCUCAUUAAAGUUUUGA